AUGGAUUCGAAACGGAACUGGAUUCUGGUCGAAGCAUCUACCUCCGGCUCCGCAACGCCCAUUCAUAUUCGCGGAAGUCACCGAAGGAGCGGACCAUUGAUGGAGCAGUUCAGAGAUGAGGCACGCCUACACACAAUAAAUCGUCUCAAUGAUAGGAUCCAUCAACGUAUCAUGGACAAUUAUCGUAAUGGAGCAACAGAGUCUGUCGGAGAAGGAGCAAACGUGGUAGAUGAAAGUUUUCGAUUUAUCGAUGACGAACAAAGCAGACUAGCUAGUUGUCAAGUUAUCGAGGCCGAACCUUUUUCGAAUACCUCCGAUCGUCUUGACUCACUUAUUUCGCAUCGAAAUUCUCAGGGAGAAGUGGAAGCUGUAUACGAGAGACGAGUGCCAUCCACUUCAAGCCGAGACGACAUUUUGCAACUGCAACCAAUACUUCGACGUCCACGAUCAUUUGAAGAACCUAUUUAUGUGAAACCGGCUAUCCGAUCAACAAGAAACCCCGAGAGUACAUCUCAAGCCAAACCACGUAUGGGUCUUCGGCGGAAUGGCCGGGAUUUUCGUUAUCGACGUACUGAUUCCAUGAACGAAAAUGUAAGAUAUGGAAGGAAUGAAAUCGCUAAUCCACACAGAAGAGCGGAUUCUCUGGAUUCUGGAAGUUUAAGGAUACAAAGGCAACGUCCUCCACCACCACGAUGGCCUAUUUAUCCGGAUAAGUACUCGUACUACGGAAGAUUCCAAGCAAUUGGAGAUUCUUCUCGGGAUGAAUGGGGAGAAGAGCAUCGUCCGACUUUCCUUCGUCGAACGCCACAAUUCUAUGAUAAAUGCGAUUUAUGCGCAUUCAACAUUAUGCGUACUGGUGAUUUUUGUCCGGCAUGUGGUCGACCAGGAGCAUACACAAGACCAGAUAAUCAAACUGUUGAUGUUGCUUCCUAUGUACCAGAGCAAGUACUGAAUGUCAGGAAUCUCAGUGGAUAUCUCCGGAAUGAUUAUUUGUAUAAGCAGCAAACACCAAAAAUAUACUCAACAGAAUUCCGGAAGUUCUACCCAACAACACAUCGGAGUCCACAACGACGUCAAACAAAAAGUCCUGUGUAUAGAUACGGAUCAACAAUUCCUGAAGCGAUGUACGACUACAGUGUAUGGGCAAAACGUCAGGAUCGACAAGCGCUUACAAUGCAUGCUGCUAUCCUUGCACUUGUACUAUUUUCUACAGCAUUUGUUGUAUCAGCUGGUGUUAUACUCUUAGUAACAGUAACAUAA